GACUAGCAACGGUUACACUUCCAAAUUGCAAGCAAAAAAAAUUAUUAAAAAAAAGGAUAAUGCUGCGGAUAUAAACAAAGAAGCGACGAAAAAAACGUUUAACACAAGGUCGUGACACUUUUUAAGCAGGCAAUGAGUUUCAAUUUUUACGUGGAAGCACUCAAUACAACGUUACAGUCGAUUGCGCGACAAGUGGAGCAAUUUGCUGGCGUUGCACUGAAAGCAGCCGUCGAUUUGCGAGGAAAUCUGGAAUCUAUAACCGGUGACUUUCGCUGGGAAAACGGACCAAUUGCAUUUACAGACUUGCAAGCCACUUUGCUGAAGGUCCUGCUUAUUCUCCUCCUAGGAACUUGCGUUCUAGCCGGCUAUUCGUGGUCAGUUUACGGCCAAGUCAUCACGGAGAAGUUUGUCAGGCCAAGCACACUCAAGGAAAUCGAGGAGCUUAAAUUGUCGGUUGCCAAGUUAAAGUUGCCCAAGGAACACUCGCCGCGCAUCUAGAAACCAUGUCCAAGAUCAAGAAGUUCUUUUCGCGGAA